AUGUGCCCCGAAGAAUUAUCGCUACAAUUAAUUCUAUCCUGGACAUCAACAGUUCUUGUCGAAAUGAACAUUGUGCUUUUGAAAAUGUAUAUUUAUGACUGGGAAUAUGUGCUGUAUCUGGGCGAAUCGUACCUGAAACCGGUAACGCCACCAUCGCCAUCAAGCAUAUACAUUAUCUGUCAUACCAGUGGCACCACAGGCACACCGAAAGGUGUUCAAUUAUCACAUCGAGCCAUCUUAGCUGCAAUGACUGGCUUGUAUAUGCAGUGGUGUGUGCCACCCCACAAUAUCGUUUUUGAUCGCAAUGAUACUUACUUGUCCUUCCUCUCGCUUGCUCACGUGUACGAGCAACUACUUCAGGUAACACUUAUUGUGACUGUAAUGAUGUGCGAACGACUUCUAGCAGAAAAAGGAUGGGAGGGAGGUGAAAGUGGCGGAAAGGGAAGAAAUGAGGCAGAUUUAGUGCUUUUCGACUGA